AUGACCAGUGCCAUCUUAUCCACCAAAAGGAACCGUGGAUCCAACUGGGAAGCCGAGUUUUACAAGAAUGGCUACCCCAAAGAGAUUAUCGUGAUUGAGGAUACUCCACCUCCCGAUCAGGCGACUACGACAACGACAACGACAACGAACAAGUCGCAUGCCAAUGCAAGCUAUACGGUGGUGCCAGCCCCUGCACCUCCCACACCCUCAGCGUUCAAUAACACCACUAUGGCUCCUCGGUCCUCGUCCAAACGGCAACGACCAGCUCACAAUAAUAACGAGUCCACCAUGUCUACCAGUACGAUACCCAAUAACAAUCAUUUCUUGGCCACCAACAAACGAAGGCGGAGGCAUUAUCCACAACCAGUACCAACUCUAAACGCCCUGAACAAUGUUGUUACGGGUGUUCCAGCACCACCCAUAUCGCCAUAUUAUCCCACAAGCACAAUCGCUAAUACAACUACUACUGCUACUGCUACUACCACUACUGCAGCUGAUGCGGCGGCGACAGCAGCAGCAGCAGCCGUGGUACCCAAUUCCACUCACACAACCACAACCACGACCAACAUCACUUCAUCAAACAACACUUUUGAGCGACCACGAUCACUUGCUGAUAAGGAUGGCCAUUUUAUCGUUCGACAGGGUGACUUUUUAACGGAUCGAUAUCAAAUCCACGAGACAUUGGGGCAGGGUACUUAUGGCAAAGUAGUCAAAUGCUAUGAUCAUGUCCGGCGAUGUUCGGUGGCUAUCAAGAUUAUCCGAGCCAUUCCAAAAUACAAAGAAGCCAGCCAAACAGAAAUCCGCGUACUCGACACGCUCAAGGAUCGUGAUUCACUCAACUUUAACCAAUGCAUCCAUCUACUUGACUGGUUCGAAUACUGCAACCAUGUGUGCAUGGUGUUUGAGUUACUAGACCAAUCGGUGUUUGACUUUCUCAAGGCCAAUCACUUUGAACCAUUUCCCAUUAGCCAUAUUCAGCAUUUUGCCAAACAGCUGCUUACCAGUGUUGCAUUCACCCAUGAGCUCAAAGUCAUCCAUACCGAUCUGAAACCUGAAAACAUCCUACUCAAGAAUCAUAAAUACAGCGAAGUGCCUACAAACCGCACAAAGAACGGCAAAGUAAGGGUAUUACAUGACACAGAGAUCAUCCUGAUCGAUUUUGGAUCGGCUACUUUUGAGGAUGAUUACCAUUCUUCUGUUGUCUCUACACGACAUUAUCGGGCACCGGAGAUCAUACUUGGAUUAGGUUGGUCGUAUCCAUGUGACGUAUGGUCGAUUGGUUGCAUUCUUGUUGAAUUUUUCACAGGCGAGGCAUUAUUUCAAACACAUGACAACCUUGAACAUCUUGCCAUGAUGGAAAUGGUUCUAGGAAAGAUACCCGCUCGACUCGUUCAAAACGCAAGUCCGGAUGCAUCAAAAUAUUUCAGAAAUGGCCGGCUCAACUAUCCUGCCUCGGAUACGACUCCUCAAAGCCAAAAGUACGUCAAGAGUCUAAAGUCAUUGAAAAGCACCAUUCUACCACGAACACGCACCAACCUCGCCUUUUUGGAUCUGGUACAAAAAAUGCUCACCUAUGAUCCCAACAAACGUAUCACAGCAAGAGAAGCAUUACGGCAUCGAUUCUUUCACAUUGAUUUUGACGAGUUCGGUCGGGAAAUCGUCUAA